GACAUUCUCGGUGAUCAUGUCAUUUUGAGGUUAUUUAGUAUAGCUUCGUUUAUACCGCGAAAUAUUAUCUGUCGAUCAUUAAAUACGACAUAUGCAAAUCUUAUCCGAAUUCUUAUCGCCCAAUUGAUCUACCGCGACUGACAUGCAUAUUGUACGGUAAUCAACCGCAAGUUUUUAGUGAAGACUUGACAUAUGAAAUCUUACUGAUAAAACAUUUUCCGCGAAACGUAUCUUCGCCGUGUUUCGCCGAAAUCUGUCACUUUGACAGUUUUAAGAAGUAAAAAAUAUGGGGAUGCUUAUAUUUUUUUAUACAUUACUGUUGUGUUCCACACAACUUGGAGCAGAUAAGAAGAUUAACAAAUAUGUAACAACAUUAAUAAAUGCCAAAUGGAACGAGACACCUUUAGUUCUCGAGGCAGCGGAAUAUUUCAGUGAUGAAAAUCCAAGUUACUUUUGGAAGUUUGUUGAUGCAUUUUCUAAAAAGACUAAUAAUCUUGUAACAGCUACAGAAAAAGAAAGUUAUGAUAUAAUUCUGGAGCUGGCGAAAAAUUACCUAUCCGAGUCAGAGAUAGCAGUGUUUAAGCUAGGAUUGUCUUUACGUAUUUAUUCUGCACGUGUUGAAAUGUUCUCUCAAAUGGCUGUGAAUAAAAACAUUUCUUCAUAUUCAUGCAACAAUGUUGUUGACAUUGGUGGAACAUUUACAUGUUCUUUAGAAGAUAUAGAUAAGUUACUUGAUUCAUCUCAGUUUACUGAGCAGGAUAUAUGGGAAACUACAGACACCUAUGAUGUAGAUCAUCGUUAUUUGAAUACAUUAGAGACUAAUAAAACUAUAAUAUUAUAUGGUCAGAUUGGAACUCCUACAUUUAUUGAUUUUCAUGAGAAACUCAAAAAUAUUGCUGAAACAAAAGGGAUUAAUUAUAUCCUUCGUCAUUAUGUAAAGGAAAGGGCAGAUAAGAAAUUGCAUUUAUCAGGCUAUGGUGUAGAACUACAGAUGAAAUCUACAGAGUAUAAAGCAACUGAUGAUUCAGAUAUCAAGGACAAUACAGGCAAGAGCUCAGAAGUGAUGAACGAUGGUGUGGAGGAAAUCGAGGGAAUCAACUUUAUGACUUUAAAGAAGCUUUAUCCGGAUCAACAUAUUGAACUAGACAAGAUACAGACGCACCUACUGGAAACCAGUCAUGAGAUAGGAGCCUUGAAAGUAUGGCAGUUUCAGGAGCUGAGUCACCAGGCAGCUGAGAGAAUAAUGAAAUCUCCUUCGACAGAAUCACUGAAUGUCCUAACUGAUAUAUCACAGAAUUUUCCUAUGCAAGCAAAAUCACUAAUCAGAACCAAAGUGAAUAGUGACAUGAAGAAGGAAAUGAAAUUAAAUCAAGAAAUAUUCAUGGCAAGCCUAAAUAUACAACCAACUGAUACCGCCCUUUUUAUCAAUGGCUUAUUCUUCGAUCUGGAAGCUAUUGAUGUGCUGACUCUUUUGGAGUCUUUGAGGAGCGAGCUGCGAGUAAUGGAGGCUCUUCAUAAAAUUGGCUUUAAUAAUAAAAAGAUGAGCAAAUUGUUGGCUCUGGACUUAUCUGGAGGCAUGGAUAGCCAGAACUUUGCAAUGGACAUCAGGGAUUCUGCAAUCAACUGGAUCAACGAUAUCGAGAAUGAUUCACGCUAUAGCAAGUGGCCGCCGUCGUUAACAGAAUUGCUACGACCAACCUUCCCUGGCAUGCUGAGGAAUAUCAGGAGAAACUUGUACAAUCUGGUGCUAAUCAUCGAUCCUUUGAACGAAGAUUCUAUGCCACUGGUAACUCUGGCGCAAUCUCUCUAUUCACAUUCUGCACCACUCAGGGUUGGAUUCGUCUUUGUGACAAACUACAGUACUACCGUGACGGGCUUAACGGACGCUAGUGUUGCGGUCAACAACGCGUAUCACUAUUUUGCAGACAUGAAGAGUACUAAAGAGGCUGUGCACUUCUUAGCGGAGUUAGGAAACUAUAUCGGUCCCUAUGGCGUGGACGUGGAAGACGUCAAAAAGACCAUCAAAUCCAAAGAUCCGUCGGCGAAUAUAAAUUACAUACUCGGCGAAGAGUCGGAAUACGACGUGGGACGGCACCUAGCCAGCGACUUUAUCAAACGAUGUGGCUUCAAGAAGUUUCCACAAGCAUUACUGAACGGUAUACCCUUGACGCCCAGUCAGUUGAAUUCUGAAUCGUAUGAGGAAGCUGUGCUGUCCACCAUUAUGUCGCAAACACCCGCCUUGCAGAAGGCUGUGUAUCGCGGUGACGUGACAGAAGGAGAUGAUGUGAUCGACUUUCUCAUGAACCAGCCGAACGUCAUGCCACGAUUGAACGAACGUAUCUUGAAAGUGGACAAACACGCGUGGCUGAAUCUGAUCGGCACGAUUCCUGAAGAUGAGGAUUAUAUCAAGUGGAGUCAUCAAGAUUUAUCGACUUACUUAAUGAAGAAAAUGUACUACUCCUUCGUACCACGUCGCAGUAACACGCAUCAUAUGUAUUCCUUCUGGGUUGUGGCAGAUCUGAAGUCAUUACUUGGCCGGCAAUUAUUACGAGAAGCGUUUAUAUACAUAGAAUCGAAUACUGAUGCGCGAAUCAGUGUUAUUAUUAACGCGAAGGAUGACUGGAAUCUGAAAUCUGACAUUAACAAGAUUGUCCUCGCCGCGUUAAAUGCAUUGUCGCCGGAAAGGGCUAUACUUUAUAUACGUAAGGUUAUUAAAGAGGAAAAUGCAGCUCUCAUCGCUAACGGCAACUUUGAGAUCGAGGAUGACGCAGUUGCGGCAUUAUUGGAGAGUCAAACCUCGAUACUACAGUUGCACGAACAUUAUGUAAAAAAUGUCCUAAAUCUGGAGUUAGGAGCAAGAGCGAUUUUAUGCAACGGCCGCAUCAUCGGUUCUCUGGACGAUGACGAAGAGUUCACAAACGAGGAUUUUUCUUUGUUAGAAAGAUUCAGCCAAACCACUUACGGAGCUAAGUUAUUUAUGAGGCUGUUAAAGGACCAAUUCUUUAACGAUGAUGAAUACGAAGAGAACGAUGUCACGGAUGAUAUGAUUAUGAAGAUCGCGUCGCUGUUAGUGCCGCGACCGCAAACCCGAAACCGAUUCGAUGUUCCUUUCCACGGAGAUGAUCAUAGUGUCAUCAAAAUUCCAGCGGCCAACGCUGACGAAGUUGCCUUCAAUUUCAUCGCCAUUGUAGACCCAGUUUCACGCGGUGCCCAAAAAUUGGGCCCAAUAUUAAAGACCCUCCAGCAAGCCUUAAACUGUAAUAUAAAGGUGUUCUUGAAUUGCUUAGAGAAGAAUAGCGACAUGCCAUUGAAAAGUUUUUACCGAUUCGUGCUGGAGCCUGAGCUGCAAUUUACAGCAGAAGGAGAUAUCAGCGGUUCCCUCGCAAAGUUCACGAAGCUCCCCACUUCGUCCUUAUUAACACAAUAUAUCCACGCGCCCGAAAACUGGCUGGUAGAAGUAGUCCGUAGCGUUUAUGACUUAGACAACAUUAAACUGGACAACGUGGCAAUCGGCGUGCACAGUGAAUUCGAAUUGGAAUACUUACUGCUCGAGGGCCACUGCUUCGAAGCAGUAAUGGGAAAUCCACCGAGAGGCCUUCAGUUCACGUUGGGCAUCGAAAGACAGCCGGUGAUGGUCGAUACUAUUGUGAUGGCUAACUUGGGCUACUUCCAACUGAAAGCGAAUCCCGGUGAAUGGCUGUUGCGUUUACGACAAGGAAGAUCCGCGGAAAUAUAUGAUUUCACCACUGUCGACGGGCAAGACGUUAUUCAGAAUGGUAACAAUGUGAAGGUCCUCAUAAGUUCCUUGAGAAGCCAUGUGUUAAAAAUCAAAGUGUCCAAGAAGCCGGACAAAGCUGGCAUGGACCUGCUGUCGGACAACGAAAAGGAUUCCGGACUGUGGAACUCUAUCUCUAGCAUUGCCAAAUUUUGGACGUUCGCUACGACAGACGAAAGCGAGGACCAAGAUGAGAAACUAAAUAUCUUCUCUCUCGCGUCAGGCCACUUGUACGAGAGAUUCUUGAAAAUUAUGAUGCUGAGUGUCAUUAAGCACACUAAAACACCGGUGAAGUUCUGGUUUUUGAAAAAUUAUCUUUCGCCAACGUUAAAGGACUUUCUGCCACACAUGGCCGAGGAAUAUGGUUUCGAGUAUGAACUCGUUCAAUACAAAUGGCCUCGUUGGCUUCAUCAACAGACAGAGAAACAGAGAACCAUUUGGGGAUAUAAAAUACUCUUCCUGGAUGUAUUAUUCCCAUUGAACGUGAAGAAAAUAAUAUUCGUCGACGCUGAUCAGGUUGUAAGAGCAGACUUGAAGGAACUAGCAACGAUGGAUCUCGGCGGUGCGCCAUAUGCAUAUACACCAUUCUGUGACAGUAGAACUGAAAUGGAUGGGUUCCGGUUUUGGAAGCAAGGAUACUGGAGGAAUCAUCUGCAGGGUCGAGCCUACCACAUCAGCGCGUUGUACGUGGUGGAUCUCAAGCGAUUCCGCCGUAUCGCAGCGGGCGAUCGGCUACGAGGGCAGUAUCAAGCGUUAAGUCAAGAUCCUAACAGCUUAGCGAAUCUUGACCAGGAUCUGCCAAACAACAUGAUUCAUCAAGUAGCCAUCAAGACACUACCGCAGGAAUGGCUUUGGUGUGAAACGUGGUGCGACAACGCGUCCAAGAGAUACGCCAAAACCAUAGAUUUAUGCAAUAAUCCGAUGACUAAAGAAGCUAAGUUACAAGCGGCCAUACGCAUUUUGCCAGAAUGGGUAGGCUACGACGAGGAGAUCAAAACUUUGCAGCAAAAGGUGGAGAAUGAGAGCAGACAGACGGAGAGGGAUAGUGAAACAAUCGAGGACGCUGCGAAGCAUGAGGAACUGUAAAUUUCAUAAAUUAACGUACAUUUACGUACAAUGAUCCACGGGUUAUUUCACAGAGCCGUAGGGUUACUGAAAGUUUUAUAAAAUUCUGUAAAAAGAGAAUUGCAUCUUCGCGAAAGAUAGAUUAAUAAUUAAGUGUCAGCGCGUCACGACGCUGCGUAUAUCGACAGCGGUAUCUCACUUUUCUAAUUGACGCCUGCCACGACUUUACGUUACGUGUAAAUACUUGCCACCAUCGGUGCUCGUGUAAAAUUCCCAAAAAAAACAAUGAUAUAUUGGAAGCCGAAGAUUUUCGUUGAUUAUCUGUUAUCACUAAAUCCACUCUUCGUAUACUUACUAUGAAAGCGGAAAUUUACAAGAGAUCUCGUCAUUUUACAUAAUUAGAUAAUUAUAUAGUGAAUGAGAGACUAUUUCUUUAGAUCAGGUCGAAGCGAAAGGUCGGUGAAGUAUAAUGGCCGACUAUCGCUGAGAGUACAGUAUUCAGUAAAUGAAUAACAAUGUUAUUCAUGGACAACCGCCCCUGUUUAUGUUGCUAAACCAAUUGUGAUUUAUUAUUGUCUACUAUAUACGAUAGCUACUAAGGAAUAAACUUGUAACAUUUUUUAAGAUAUCUUCGGCAUUCCCCUUUAGAUUGUAGUGCUACUUAUUGUAGAGACAGACAGGAAAGGAACAUGUAGUUACCCGAGACCGACACGGCCGGCCUUUCGUUUGAUAGAUAUGACGUUGCAAUACAAAUACAUUUAUUCGUA